GCUCUUGGAGCGAGAGAGCGAGAGAGAGAGAGAGAGAGAGAGAGAGAGAGAGAGUCAUGCUAGCCUUUGCUCUCGUUGCUGGCUCUCUCUGGAUUCUGCUGGAGCUGAGCUCGACGCUGAUGGAGAAGAUGCAGGCUCAGGAGCUGCUAUUGGGUCUGCGGCUGCCCGAGCUGGACGAUCUGGGCCAGCUGUUCCGCUCACUGCCCACCUCCACGCUGGUGGGCCUGGGUGCACUGACCGCUGUGCUGGCGUACUGGCUGGCCACGCGUCCCCGUGGCAUCGCGCCGCCCUGUGAUCUUAGCAACCAGUCUGAAGAAGUGGAGGGUGGUGGUCGAAGAUCAAUGCUAGGCGACAGUCCCGAGCUGCUCACACACUACUUUGAAGAUGCCACAACCCUGUAUGAGGUGUUCCAGCGAGGGCUACAUGUAUCCGGUGAUGGACCAUGUUUGGGCUCCCGCCUGCCCAACCAGCCGUACAAAUGGCUGUCUUAUAAAGAGGUCAUGACCCGGGCAGAGCACCUGGGCUCAGGUUUGCUGUAUCAGGGCUGCCAGCCUAAUUCUGAUCAGCUGGUCGGAGUUUUUGCACAGAACAGGCCGGAGUGGAUAAUAGCAGAGCUAGCAUGCUACACUUACUCCAUGGUUGUUGUACCACUAUAUGACACACUAGGGCCUGACGCCAUUCGAUACAUCAUCAACAUAGCUGAGAUCUCUACAGUGAUCUGUGAUAAGCCUGAAAAGGCCAAAGUUCUUCUGGGUAAUGUGGAAAGACAGGAGACUCCAGGAUUGAAGAGGAUAAUUCUAAUGGAUCUGUUUGAUCCGGAGCUUGUGGAGCAGGGCAACAAUAGUGGGGUCCACAUUCAGUCUCUGAAAGAUGUUGAGGCUUGUGGACGAGAACAUUACAGAAAUCCAGUGCCACCUCGACCAGACGACCUGUCGAUUGUUUGCUUCACCAGCGGGACCACAGGAAAUCCAAAGGGUGUGAUGCUCACUCAUGGGAAUGUGGUGGCUGAUUUCGCAGGCUUUCUGAAAGUAACUGAUAAAGUUAUCCGUCCGAAUAAAGACGACGUGCUCAUUUCCUUCCUGCCGCUGGCUCACAUGUUUGAGAGGCUCAUCGAGGCGGUGGUGUACUGCCACGGUGGGAGGAUUGGCUUUUUCCAGGGUGAUAUUCGCCUGCUUUCAGAAGACAUGAAGGUCUUGCGGCCCACCAUCUUCCCAGUGGUGCCUCGACUGCUCAACCGCAUGUAUGACAAGAUAUUCAGUCAGGCUAAUAAUUCAGUGAAGCGAUGGAUCCUAAAUUUUGCAGCGAAGAGAAAAGCAGCUGAAGUCAGCCGCGGUGUCAUCCGGAGUGACAGUAUUUGGGACAAGAUCUUCUUUAGUAAGAUUCAGGCCAGUUUAGGCGGGAGGCUACGAAUGAUUAUAACAGGCGCCGCCCCAACUUCCCCAACGGUUCUCGGCUUCCUGAGAGCAGCUUUGGGCUGUCAGGUGUACGAGGCAUAUGGGCAGACGGAGUGCACAGCCGGCUGUACUUACACCACCCCUGGAGACUGGACCUCAGGUCAUGUAGGGGCACCACUGCCCUGCAACCUCAUUAAACUCGUGGAUGUGCCUGAGAAGAACUACUUUUCCUCAAAAGGAGAGGGGGAGGUGUGUGUGAAAGGUCCAAAUGUUUUUAAGGGCUAUCUGAAAGACCCAGUGAAGACAGCAGAGACCCUGGACCCUGAUGGGUGGCUCCACACCGGAGAUAUAGGCAAAUGGUUACCGAAUGGCACACUUAAAAUCAUUGACAGAAAGAAGCACAUCUUUAAGCUGGCCCAGGGGGAGUACAUUUCUCCUGAGAAGAUCGAGAACAUCUACAUCCGCAGUGAACCUGUGUCUCAGCUCUACGUUCAUGGAGAUAGUCUGCAGGCUUGUUUGGUUGCAAUUGUGGUGCCAGAUCCAGAGGUAAUGCCGUCGUGGGCCCGGAAAAAGGGCUUAGAUGGAUCUUAUGAGGAUCUGUGCAAAAAUGGGGAAUUAAAGAAAGCUAUCCUGGAAGACUUGGUGCGUUUAGGCAAAGCAAGUGGCCUCCACUCUUUUGAGCAGGUAAAAAACAUCUACGUCCAUAGUGAUAUGUUCUCCAUAGAGAAUGGAUUGCUGACUCCAACGUUAAAGGCAAAGAGACCAGAGCUGAGGCAAUAUUUCAAACAGGAGAUCGAAGAGCUCUAUCAAAACAUCACCAUGUGAACGUUCCCAUCACCCAACAAAGGCUGAGGACUUUUUUGGGACAUUGCUGAUCGUUAACCAUUUGUCCUUAAACUCCCGCAUCCGAAACCCCCAAAAUGAAUGAGCCGUUCACAAUGGAAUGGAGCCUGGUUGUCAACAGUCGGUGUGCCUUUGGAAAAAGUGGCGUAUCUACAACCAAAUUUGUCCCCACAAAAAAUGUGUUAGCAAAUCCAACAAGUGUUGGUGUUUCCUUUGUUUCAUUCUGUAUCAGAUGACCAAUCACGCCGUUCUCUUUGGUCCAUGUCUGUUCAUCUUUAUUGUUUUGUUUAUGGGUCCAGUUGUCUGGAAAAAAAGAAUAAUUCAGAACAAAAGGCGAUGCAUGCUACGUACCCAGCUCUCACUGAGCCAGUUCUUGCUUGAGAUUCUCAGUUUGUUUUGUUCAUCAGGGAAAAAAAAUGCAGACACACACAUACACACAAGUACGCACACACACAGCUACAUACCAUCUUACACACUCACAACAUGAUAGAACGCUAUAAUUCUAGCUAGUUAAGUUGUGCUGAAUGUGCUCGCUUGAGGCAAGUGAGCAUGCAAUGGACUUAGAACUUUUGGACUUGUCCAUAGUAAUGGCUUUUCCAUUCCAAAGUUGAAAAAAAUAGUGUAAAUAUUGAUGAAACUAGAUGUAAACAUAUUUAAGCAAUGGUUUGAAUGGAUUUUUUGAGCGUAGUGAAACAAAAAAAGAAAAAGAAAAAAAAACUGUAACUAUAAUCAAAUGGUGAAUGAAUCAGUAUCAUAUCUUUGUAUUUAAUAAGGGGGUGUGGAUGGGGACAAAAAUAAAAGAGAAUCUGUUAAGAUUUAAA